UCUAGCAUGAAAUCUGUAAUUGAAAGAUACAACAAGACGAAAGAGGAGCAUAACCAAAUGGGGAAUCCCACUUCUGAAGUGAAGUUCUGGCAAAGAGAGGCAGCAAUGUUGAGGCAACAGCUACAGAGCUUGCAAGAAAACCAUAGGCAAAUGAUGGGUGAGGAGCUUUCAGGCUUGAGUAUAAAGGAUUUACAGAAUUUAGAAAACCAAUUGGAGAUGAGUCUAAGAGGUGUUCGGAUGAAAAAGGACCAAAUCCUAAUGGACGAAGUACAAGAAUUAAACAGAAAGGGUAGCCUCAUUCACCACGAAAAUGUGGAGCUCUAUAAGAAGGUAAACGUACUACGGAAAGAAAACAUGGAAUUACAAAAAAAGGUUUAUGGGACGAGAGACGCGAAUGGAUCGAACAGAAACUCACUUCUCAUCAAUGGUCUGACCAUCCAAGAUGAUUCCCAUGUCCCUGUACAUCUCCAGCUUAGCCAGCCCCAGGACGAAGAUCGCGAACUUACACCACCGAGACCCACGAAACUAGGGCUACAGCUGCAUUAGCACAAAAGAGGUUGCAGCUAAUUGGAGUGAAUGCUAAGUUGCACAGUGGCUCAUGUAUUACUAACCAGAGUCUCGAGCGCAGUGGUACCUGAGCUGCUGUCCAUUGGAAAGCCAGGAUUUUUUUUAUUUCCAGGACAAUUUCAGAAAGAAAAAUCAUUAGUUCAUUACCGUGAGUGUGAGGAUCAAGGGACACUCGCCACUUAUAUUAUGACACUGAGUAAAUUGUAAUAAAGAGACAAUGGCGUUAUGUUGAGUAGUAUAUAGUGCUUGUUCAAUCAGUCAGUCUAUCUAUUCAAACUGAAAAGACAGAGCAAGGAAGCACUCUGACUUAUUUUGGACCUAGCAAAAUUGGUGAGCACUGCACAGCCAUAACAUGUCCAAGGAGAUGGUUGGAG